CGGAAAGCUUUCCCCAUUAUACCGCAUACGACGUAUUGCCACUAUCAAUUUCUAUCUGGUUUUCCUUCAAGAAUAUGUUUCCAUCAAGUACUAGAAAAAUUGAAUGUGGUACUUUUAUUUCAUCUUCUUCAAUAUUAAAUAAAGAUGCUGUAUGAUUGAAAUUCGUAGAAUCAUAGUACAUAGGGAACAUCAAUAUUAUUAUUUAUUAAAAAUUUGAAAUCAUGGACCACGGAGACGGGAGGACCACUGCAGUUUGCUCAACACAGAAGUCCGACGAGAAGGAAGCCCACGAACGUGACGGUGACACCUCCAGUCCAACGGGUCCUCUCGCGGCUGUUUUAACCGCUCGCUUCCGAAGUGGAUUCUCGAAUGAGUGGUUGCCAUUUGAGUAUACAAUCUUUGAUAAGGGACCAUCGAAGAUAACUUCGACGGAUGCUGCGGAUGAAGCCAAUUGUGCACUAGCUGCUAGCACGACUGUCACAGACGUGAAAAAAGCCGUUGCUUUGGAAAUUGAACGUGGUCUAAAGAAUACUUCUGGUGCACCACGGAGCGAGAUCGAGGAUCGUGAUAGCCGAAGUCGCGCUUCGGCUUCGCUCUCAUCCGUCGAAGGCACUACUACUUCUGGAGGUACUAAUAGAAUUAGAAAUAGUACGACAAGAACGAGUUCAUCAUGUUCAUAUUCCGCUGCUCCAACAUCAUCGUCGUCUGUUAAGGCUCAAUAUAUUGAUUCCUGGUACGACACAACACGUUGCAAACGGAAGAGUCGGAGUAACCCUGCACCUGUGCACUGGGAAACAAUCGUGCUCUUCUUGGAUCAUGUCAGCAUCGAAGGAGAAGGAGAUGGUGAUGGUGUUACUGAGAGUGAGCAUGGCCCUGCGGGAGGACGAGUUGUUGUUGGUGUCGACGGGCCUAGUGUUAGUGAACAUGAAGAUUCCACGCUAGAAGCAGGAGUAGAAGAAGUUGAACAAGGAGGUGAUAGUCAUCGUGGACUUGAAUUGCAGCCAAUCGCCUGCGCUCGAUGUCCUCACUUAACUACUAAGCUGCCGCCGGAAAAUUUCGUGGAUUUGGUCAAGAAAGAGUGGGCGGAGAAGAAGAGAAAAUCAAAAUUUAAGCUCAACGAUAAGGACGAUAAGCAGAAACAAAAUGCUGUAGGUGAGCAACAGCGUAACAACAAUAAAGAACUACUACAGAAACAGAAUGAUAUGAUUUCGCACGACGAUGAGGUCGACGUGCUGGAGGAAAACGGCCACAAGGGCAAGGGCAUCCUCCACUGCAACAUAACAUACCUCGUUCGAGCGUGGGAACCGAUCGCGACUGGGCUGGAACUACGGCACGCUAUGCUACCCUUUCAUCCCUUUUCGAUCUACUAUAGCUCGGAUUGGAACGAGCCCGGCCUGACCUUUUCUGAGUAUUUUCAGCGGCAUUCAGAACAGUUCCCACUCCAUCAGUCUCUUCUUGAGGAGCACCUGUCUUUGUCUCGUAUUGGUACAACAAGAGGCGGUUCCGGGAACAAGAAUCUUACUAAGGCAGCUUCAAUAUUGUGUGCGCCACAUCACUUUCUAAUUCUAUGUAUAAUAGAGUGCAUCUGCAUACUUCCUUGACAGUUUCUAUUCUAUGAUAGAGAGCAUCUCCUGCUACAUGAUACAACUUCGAUGAUCAACAUGAAGUAGUUGAAGAGAAAUAUAUCUUACUCUGCUUCUCUUGACUGACAGUCACUGAGUUCUUGCAUAGUUACCUACGAAAAUCAAGAAAGUCUGCGAAACAACAACAAGUUGAAGCUCUUCUAAAGAAUAUAAUGAUCGUCAGGGGCAAAACCAGCAAAAGACUAUUCCGUCGCAGCUGUCAUCAUUGGAGUUGCAGGAUGCGCUGAGACUAGCAAUUGAGCGACGCUACGGGCCCAUUCGCAUAUGGACCAUGGGCCCUGAUAUGGGGGACGGCUUCAAGAACCUCUUUCGAGAUCCAUUCUAUUUUGUUGACAACGAAGAAGGUGCUGACGAUGAUUCUUGGCCUGGGAUCGAUGAUGAUGACAUCAGUUAAGGGCUGGAAGUGAACCCCAGACCCCUGCUCUAGUACGCGCAUUAUAUUAUAUAGGUGUAUCUUGACGGGUACCUACGCCUACAAUCUACUAGAAAAUUCAUCGUCCUGCGUACUAUAUCUAUAUGUAUGUAUCUGCAAAAUCUAGUGUCAGGAGUAGUUUUUCAAGUAAGUAGGAAAGUCAUAGAUCUGAUCAUAAUAUGCGAUAUACAAAGGCCAACUACUCAUCUUGCAGCUCCUAAUUAUAGACGGCGCCACGUCACAUACAAGAACAAGAGGCGCUUUCGAUCAUCGUGCGGGAUGAUUGGACCGAAAUCGACAUGACUGGAUGGGACGUUAGUUCUGUAACGAGCCUCGAGGGCACGUGGUGUGGGAAUUACUGUUUUAAUCAAGACAUAUCGAAGUGGAAUUUAUGGGUACCGUCAACCCAUAUAAUUCAUCUAAUACGCCAUCUUUUAGCUGCUGGUUGCUUCUGUGAACAAGCUAAAAGAUCAGAUGACGUGCUCAGAGGUGGGUUGUUGGUACCUCAUCUAAGGAAAGUGCGCAACGUGAAGAGCUUACGCAAUACCUUCAUGGGCACCGGUAGAUUUCAUCGAGAUCUAACCUACUGGGAUACAUCCUCCGUCUUGGAUAUGACGCGCACCUUUGCUUUCACGAAAAAAUAUUCUUAUCCUUUGAACGACUGGGACGUGUCCAGAGUCCAGUCUUAAGGUCUUCAGCGUUUAUAUCCGUCUACUUUCUCUUCAGCACCACUCCUUCGGUUGUCCACCUUUUUGUUUAUAAGUAUCUAUACUAACUAGAGAAAAUUGUUUGUUACAUUUAAGUACUAGAAUAAAGGAGGCCGAGACGACGCCCUUUCUCCAUGAAAGACAACGAAAGCAAUAGGAUCCAGGGGUGGCCGAGAGGACUAGCAGGAGUUGAGGGAACUACAUCCGACGAGAUGGCCUCCUUCCUUUUUCCACUACGCAUUGGGAUAAGUAGUUGUAGAGUAGCAAAAGAGAAACACCAAACGAAACUUUUCUGUUUUUACUGCAUUUGUUAUUUCACCUAGACGACUCUACUUCUAAGAGUCGAUGCGAGAAAUGUUUCGGGAAGCGGAAGCCUUGUCAUUCGGUUACGUGGACCGCUGGGACACUAGCUCGGUCCUGGACAUGUCGGGAAUGUUCGACCGGGCUUUUGCAGCUCCGGAGGUCAGUGUUUUAUUAAGCGCAGUAGAUGUACUCGACUUUAGGACGAUCAUUAGUGACAGAAGUGAGAUGAACAAUUAGAGAGGAUUUUUCCUUGAUGAAGUACAAAAAUGUAGUUCCAACUGGUUGAAAAGCUGUUGCCGUUUGUUUUGAUCCUCCUCAGGGAGAUGAAGUCGAAAAGUAUAGUAACAAACGGGAAAGAAACAGAAUAAGACCAAAGCCCUAGUACCGCUAAUAUUCGACGUGAGUCGGUGGGAUGUUUCUAAGGUGCGCACGAUGCGCCGCAUGUUUGCUCGCUCCGAUCCCGCCAGUAAGUGUCGGGACGACGAGAUGCCGACGGUCUCGCUUUAUGGAUGACGUUUUUUGCAUCUAUCAGAAAAAUCAGACCAUUUCUAUUGCGGCUCCCAGUAGAUAUGGCUAUGCAUAUGUUUGUAAGGAGAAAAGGGUAGUUUAUGGCUAGAUGGAAGGAGGAAAAGGGUAGUCUAUGCCUCUGGACAGGAGGAAAAGGUGACUGUCUGCCUAGUAGAUGGAAAAACGGCAUUCAUUUUCAUAUCCUUGCUCGGUGGGACGUCUCCAAGGUGGAAGACAUGUCCUACAUGUUCGCAAAUUGCAACUUCACAGAACGCAGAGGCGAGGAUCGCCCCGCUGCUUAUUCUUUAUGAUGUCCCUCAGCUUGUCACGCUUCUAUAGUUUAGCCCUAGUACCAUUUUUAUUCAUCACAACAAUCAAAUAGUCGCCGUCUUCUAGUCCACACACAUUAUUACUCAUCACAACAAAUUGAAAUUGUGGAAAUAGAAUCAUGAGGGAAAUUUGUAAGUUUGAUGAUUAUUCUAGUCUGCCUAGACUUCUGUAUCAUUUUUAUACAUGACACAGGGCCGCACGGCCCCCCCUCCCCCCUCCCUGUGGUCUAGCCUGUGGUGGCGCGCCCGCGCGCUUUUCCGCGCGGAUUUUUCGCGGAUUCUAGUGGUGGGAGGCGUCAAAACUUGGCGCGGGCCUCCCCUUGGGCCUCUCAGCGUGUUCCGAAGGGACCGCCUGGCCUCUGCUGACCCUCGCAGGCGGGAGGCCUCCGGGGUAAAAGGCCGCCGGAGGCGGCCACGGUCGCAAGAGCAAGCAAGCCGAUGACCAAGGGCCCGGCGGGUACAGGCGGCACGGCUCAGGGGGUCCAGCCCCUCGCCUUUUGCCGUCUUCGGCGGCCUUCCGCUGCCGGCGCACUGUUGCGGCGGCAAAGCCUAAGGAACGGAUGCACUGAGGGCACAGGCAGGCACCUUGACGGAGGCGCAGGCGAUCCCCUGGGCCCCUUUUGAAGCCUCCCACCACCAUCGGGGGCCCCUCAUGUCUGUAGGGUACACGCAAACAAGGAGGGGGCAGCCCCUUGGCCUCCUUUUGAGGCCUUCUGCCCCCGGCAGACGCCUCCCAAAGGGGUCCAGGGCGCCCGGCACCCCCCCGCUAGGGGGGGUGCGUCGCCCCGCGCCCUGGAACAUACCUAAGAACUAUAUGCGACACAGAUAAAGAAGAAUCUCGUAAGACGAGAAUCAAUUUCAGCCGCUACAACUCAUUAAUUUAUAGACGAGAGCGAAUAGAGUUAGAGAGCAUGAUGAUUAAAAAUGGCACUAUAAAUGUAUAAGAGCUAAAAACCUAAAACACUACAUAUACUAGCUGACAAGUGACGUAGAGUUAUGUUCUCCUGAGGACAAAGAGGGGCUGGCCGUUGUCGAAUUCGAGUGCCUAACGCGCUGGGACGUCAGCAGCUGCAAAAAUUUCAGGGGUAUGUUCGCCGGCACUCGUAGCUUCAACCAUCCGCUAGGACGCUGGAACGUUCGCGCGGGGACAGAUUUUAGCUUCAUGUUUGCCUACUCCCAAGGGUUCAAUCAGAGUUUAUUAAGUGUAGACUUUAGCUUUAGGUGUUCCUGUUACAGCCGUUAGUUCUUUUCUUGCCUUUCUGAAGGUGCAAGCUAACGGUGGAAGCUGACACGUAAUAACACGUGAAGGGUACGACCGCUAAGUUUAGAAAAUUGGGACGUGCGCGAGGGACGGGACUUCACCUCUAUGUUCCACUUCACCGUUGCCCUGCGGCAAGAUUUUAGCACUUGGGCGAUUCGUGACGACGCUGCGGUUAAUGGCAUGUUCUCUGAGACCCCACAGAUGCUACUCGAAGGAUCGAAGCCGGCAACCCACGAACAGGACAAAUUAUUUCGUGGGUUAAGACUUUUUGAUUUUGCUCUCGAAGCAAAGGACGAUAGGAGACGACUAGAAUUUAUGCUUACAAAAGGAGCUGGAUCCCUUGCCUUCUGGUCUGUCGUAACGCUCCGUAAGCUUAAUAGGGGCAAUCACGACAGAUUGAGUUUGAGAAGCAACAGACCCAGUAAUUUUAACCAUUCAUAGGAGUAGAAAAAAGCAGGAGUCUACACCGAUUGCCACCGCGUGUCCGUGCGGAGAAAGCCGCUUACGAGCUCAACGUGAAAUACCACGAUGUGCGCCAACAGAAUCCGGUGGACCUGGACGAUGUCCUGCGCGAGGCCAAGCGUCACAGACGAUUGGCGAGGGGUGGUAGGAAUCGAUCAGAAAGUGAAGAUGAUCUCACCACGAGGGAGAGGUCGAUGCCCGAAUGUUAUAAACGCUAUUGCGUGAACCAAAUCUAUCUGAUCUAUCUUAUGAACGACAUAAACGAGCAGAACGAUCGAACAAGAAUAUUUAUAUUUUCCGGGUGAUCAUCAUCAUGUAGUGCUGGUCGUGGGGGCCUCUUCAGACUUCUCGACUGUUGAUACCAGCUGCCUGAGAAUACAACGCAAUCUCAAUGACAACAUUGACAUGCAAGUGAGGUGGAAUGCGGCUGUCACCUCAAGUAGAGUGCGCUAUAUUGAUAUUUAUGAUUCUCGAAAAAUUCCGGAAAUUUCUAUUAGACACAGUCGAAUCGCUCUGCUUUGUAUCUAACUUUCGAGACCCGGGCCCAAAACCACUGCGACUAGACUACUUCUUGGAAGACCAGCAGCUGGUGCCGGUUGUGGUCACAUUUAGCGAGCAGGAGGGUGAAACGCAAGGAGACGAAGAGCAGGAGAAGCAAGGACGUCGCCGUGUGUCUGGAGAAACGGCGGACUCGUACCACUUCGAACCCGAAACCCGAGCCUCUGCUCCGACACCCUUCUAA